GCUGCGCAGCGGGAGAAGCCCCGGGGCGGAGAUUUGAGGACGCUCCCUGCAGCCCCGUGGCCCGGAGCCAUGUCGCCCGGCCCCGUGUGAGCCGGGACCCUCGGCGCUAGCAGCCUCGCGGCUGGGCUGGAUACUCAGGGGCUGAACUGCCCCCGGCUUACCGCGCCCUCCAUCCCCGGCUGCGCCCCGCGCCGGGUCCCGGCCAGGACAUGUCGGUCUCCGAGCUCUACACUAAGUACACAAAAGUUUGGAUUCCUGACCCUGAUGAAGUGUGGAGAUCAGGAGAAAUUAUCAAGGAUUACAAAGAAGGGGAUAAAAGCCUACACCUGAAAUUUGAAGAUGACACUAUCUGUGACUAUCCAGUUGAUCUCAAAACCAACCAACUGCCCUUCUUGCGUAAUCCAGAUAUUUUGGUGGGCGAAAAUGACCUGACAGCUCUAAGUUAUCUCCAUGAGCCUGCUGUCCUACAUAAUUUAAAAGUCAGAUUCUUGGAAUCGAAUCACAUCUAUACCUACUGUGGUAUUGUACUUGUUGCCAUUAACCCAUACGAACAACUGCCAAUCUAUGAACAAGAUGUCAUCUACGCAUACAGUGGCCAAAACAUGGGGGACAUGGAUCCUCACAUCUUUGCAGUGGCAGAAGAAGCCUACAAGCAAAUGGCUAGGGAUGAGAAGAACCAGUCCAUUAUCGUAAGCGGAGAAUCCGGUGCCGGAAAGACAGUCUCUGCCAAAUAUGCCAUGCGCUUCUUUGCAUCUGUUGGUGGCUCUGCCAGUGAGACCAACAUUGAAGAGAAGGUCCUUGCAUCCAGUCCAAUCAUGGAGGCAAUUGGAAAUGCUAAAACAACCAGGAACGACAAUAGCAGUCGCUUUGGGAAAUACAUUCAGAUUGGCUUUGAUAAAAGAUACCAUAUCAUUGGUGCCAACAUGAGGACGUAUCUAUUGGAAAAAUCAAGAGUUGUGUUCCAGGCAGAUGAUGAACGAAACUAUCAUAUCUUCUAUCAGCUGUGUGCCUCUGCCAGUCUUCCAGAAUUUAAAGACUUAGCACUAACAUGUGCUGAAGACUUUUUCUACACUUCUAUGGGAGGCGACACAACUAUUGAUGGAGUUGAUGAUGCUGAUGAUUUUGACAAAACCAGACAUGCUUUCACCCUGCUUGGAGUGAAAGAGUCCCAUCAGAUGAGCAUUUUUAAGAUAAUAGCUUCCAUCCUGCACCUAGGAAACUUGGAAAUUCAAGCAGAACGAGAUGGAGACUCUUGUAGUAUAUCGAAACAGGAUGAACACCUGAAUAAUUUUUGCAGAUUGCUUGGAGUGGAGCACAGCCAGAUGGAGCACUGGCUGUGCCAUCGGAAGCUUGUCACAACAGCUGAGACGUACGUCAAGCCCAUGUCUGUGCAGCAAGUCGUGAAUGCCAGGAAUGCGCUGGCCAAGCAUAUAUAUGCCCAGCUGUUUAACUGGAUUGUGGAGCAUAUCAACAAAGCCCUGCAUACCACUGUCAAGCAGCACUCAUUCAUUGGGGUUCUGGAUAUCUAUGGGUUUGAAACUUUUGAAGUGAAUAGCUUUGAACAGUUUUGUAUCAACUAUGCCAACGAAAAACUCCAACAGCAGUUCAACUCGCAUGUAUUUAAGCUGGAGCAAGAAGAGUAUAUGAAGGAACAAAUCCCUUGGACUCUUAUAGAUUUUUAUGACAAUCAGCCCUGCAUAGACCUUAUAGAAGCCAAACUUGGUAUCUUGGACCUAUUGGAUGAAGAGUGUAAGGUUCCUAAAGGAACUGACCAGAACUGGGCACAGAAAUUAUAUGACAGACAUUCCAGCAGCCAGCACUUCCAAAAACCUCGAAUGUCCAAUACCUCCUUCAUUGUUGUUCACUUUGCAGAUAAGGUGGAGUAUCAGUCUGAUGGAUUUCUGGAGAAAAAUAGGGACACUGUAUAUGAAGAACAGAUCAACAUACUGAAGGCCAGCAAGGUUGACCAUCAAAAUAGUGCAUGGAUAGUUUCCAAACCAAGAACCUUACAGGGCCAGAAUGUGGCAAUUCGUGGUACUAAUGGUGCUGAGAAUUAUGGGGCUGUUUCUGAAUUUGGAAAAAUUUGUAUUUGGGAAAAAGCAGAUGAUAUAGUCAUAACAUUUGAUCCAAAGAGAGCAGUCCAGCAGUUAAGAGCCUGUGGUGUGUUGGAGACCAUCCGUAUCAGUGCAGCUGGCUACCCAUCCAGGUGGUCCUACCAUGACUUUUUCAAUAGGUAUCGAGUUCUUAUGAAACAGAGGGAGAUCUCUAAAAAUGACAAGAAGUUGAUCUGUAAAACGCUUCUGGAAAACCUCAUUAAGGAUCCUGACAAGUUCCAGUUUGGACGUACCAAGAUCUUUUUCCGUGCAGGCCAGGUGGCAUAUCUGGAGAAACUGCGGGCAGAUAAAUUCAGAGCUGCUACUAUCAUGAUACAGAAGACAGUGCGGGGCUGGCUGCAGAGGGUGAAGUACAGAAGGAUGAGAAAUGCUGCAAUAACAAUCCAGAGGUAUACACGAGGACACCUAGCUCGCAGACUGGCAGACCACCUAAGGAAAACCAGAGCUGCCAUCAUUUUCCAGAAACAAUACCGAAUGUUGAGGAUCCUUCGUGCUUUCCAGAAGAUCCGCAACGCCAGUAUCACUAUUCAGGCCUUCGCUCGGGGCAUGUUUGUCAGGAAAAUUUACCACAAGAUCCUUUUGGAGCACAAAGCUACCAUCAUCCAGAAACGUGCCCGGGCCUGGCUGGCGCGUAAGCAAUUCCUCCGCUUUAAGUAUGCAGCUGUGGUCAUCCAAUGCUACUUCAGGCGCAUGAAGGCCAGGCAAGAGCUGAAGAAACUGAAGAUUGAAGCACGGUCUGCACAGCACUUGAAGAAACUCAAUAUCGGCAUGGAGAACAAGGUGGUUCAGCUUCAGAGGAAGAUAGAUGAUCAGAACAAAGAAUACAGGCACCUGAAUGAACAGCUCUCUGCCUAUUCCACUGAUGUGGAAAAGCUGAAGAAGGAGCUGGAGCAAUAUCGGCAGAAUCGGGGGGAUACCAACCAGCUUGUAAACUUGAAAAAAGAGAUUGAGAGCCUCAGGCUGGAGCUCGAGAAAUCCCACAGUGAAAGGAAGAUUAUUGAAGACACCUAUGAUAAGGAGAAAGAUCUACUCCGAAAGCGCGUAUCAGACCUAGAAGAGGAGAAUGCUCUUUUGAAACAGGAAAAAGAGGAGCUUAACAACAGAAUCCUAUGUCAGUCUGAAGAUGAAUUUGCCCAAACCACUGUCAAGGAAAAUCUCCUGACGAAGAAGGAGCUGGAAGAGGAGCGAUCUCGUUAUCAGAACCUGGUAAAGGAGUAUUCAAGGCUGGAGCAGAGAUAUGACAAUUUGAGGGAUGAGAUGACUAUUAUAAAGCAGACCCCAGGACACAGAAGGAACCCAUCUAACCAGAGCAGUCUAGAGUCUGAUUCCAAUUGUCCAUCAGUCUCUACAUCUGAGAUAGGAGACACAGAGGAUGCAAUACAACAAGUGGAGGAUGUUGGUUUGGAUAAAGCAGCCAUGGAUAUGACUCUCUUCCUGAAGCUACAAAAGCGAGUGAGGGAGCUUGAACAGGAGAGAAAGAAACUACAAACCCAGCUGGAGAAAAAGAAAUCCCAGGUAAUUGAAACGAAGAAUGAAAUGGAUUCAGACCGUGAUACAGAUCUAGCCUACAACAGUCUGAAGGUAAAGAAUUUUGGAAUGAGAGAUUAUUUUCAUGCGUUCGGUGCUAAUAACCUUUUGAAUGGCUCAAACAGCCUAAGGGGACUCCUUACUUUCCCCCAUUCUCUUGCAAUUGACCUUUUGCCUUUCUUUCCUGUCCUCUUGUUUCCCUUUUCUCUGCCCUUUAUUUCUAGCAAGACUGAGGACUGGGGCUAUCUCAAUGAAGAUGGAGAGCUCGGCUUGGCCUAUCAGGGUCUAAAGCAAGUUGCCAGGCUCCUGGAAGCCCAGCUUCAGGAUCAGAGGAGAGAGCACGAAGAGGAGGUGGAAACGCUGAAAACCCAGAUGGAAACCCUGAGAGACGAGAUGGAGAAACAGCAGCAGGCAUUUUUCCAGACCCUACAGCUACCACCAGAGGCCCAGGUGGAAUUUGGCAUCCAGCAAGAAAUCACACGUCUCACAAAUGAAAAUCUGGAUCUCAAAGAGUUACUAGAAAAACUAGAAAAGAAUGAGAAGAAGCUGAAGAAACAGCUAAAGAUUUACAUGAAGAAGGUCCAGGAUUUUGAAGCGACCCAAGCUGCAGCACAGACAGAGAGGAAGCGACAUGAGCUUACCAGGCAGGUCACUGUCCAACGGAAGGAAAAAGAUUUCCAGGGAAUGUUGGAAUAUUACAAGGAAGAUGAGCCACUUCUCAUCCGAAACCUCAUUACAGAUCUCAAACCGCAGACAGUUUCUGCCACAGUUCCAUGUCUUCCUGCUUACAUCCUCUACAUGUGCAUCAGGCAUGCAGAUUACAUCAAUGACGACCAGAAAGUGCACUCCUUACUCACCUCCACCAUAAACGGCAUUAAGAAAGUAUUAAAGAAACACAAUGAUGACUUUCAGAUGACGUCAUUUUGGUUGGCUAACACCUGUCGCCUCUUACAUUGUCUAAAGCAGUACAGCGGGGAUACGGGUUUUAUGACACAAAAUACCGCUAAGCAGAAUGAGCACUGUCUUAAGAAUUUUGACCUCACGGAGUACCGGCAGGUUUUAAGUGACCUCUCCAUUCAGAUCUAUCAGCAGCUCUUUAAGAUAGCAGAAGGCAUGUUGCAACCCAUGAUAGUGUCUGCAAUGUUGGAAAAUGAGAGUAUCCAGGGUCUGUCAGGCGUGAAGCCAAUGGGCUACAGGAACCGAUCAUCCAGCAUGGUAGAUGGUGACAACUCUUACAGCUUAGACGCAGUCAUUCGCCAACUGAAUACGUUUCACAGCAUCAUGUGUGACCAGGGCUUGGACCCGGAGAUUAUUCAGCAAGUCUUCAAGCAGCUCUUCUACAUGAUCAAUGCAGUAACGCUGAACAACCUCCUGCUGAGAAAAGAUGUCUGUUCGUGGAGCACUGGUAUGCAGCUCAGGUAUAACAUAAGCCAGCUGGAGGAAUGGUUGCGUGGGAAGAAUUUGCAACAGAGUGGAGCAGCAGAGACAGUGGAACCCCUGAUCCAGGCAGCACAACUGCUUCAGCUCAAAAAGAAAACUUCAGAAGAUGCUGAGGCUAUCUGUUCCUUAUGUACAUCCCUCUCUACGCAGCAGAUUGUAAAAAUAUUAAAUCUCUAUACUCCUGUUAAUGAGUUUGAAGAACGUGUGACAGUAGCCUUCAUCCGAAACAUUCAGGCAAAUUUGCAAGAGCGAAAUGACCCUCCACAGCUGCUGUUAGACUACAAAUAUAUGUUCCCAGUUUUGUUUCCGUUCAGCCCAUCCUCCAUAACCAUGGACUCUAUCCACAUCCCUGCUUCUCUUAACUUGGAAUUUCUCAAUGAAGUCUGAAGAAAAUAUCUUCAAACCGGUCCCCCUUCGCCAGAGAAUUCAAGCAAAAAAAAAAGAAAGAUCUUUUUAAUGUGGACCAAACAAGAUUAUGGAAGAACCAAUAUACAGUAAUCAGUUAGUGUUAAACUUUAUACUAUAGUAAGAAACUGAUCUUGUAUGUGAUUUUUUUUUUUGUAACUUGCAGCUCAAAAUAAGAAUUCUUGAAAUACAGAAUUUUUUUACUGCUUGAUUUCAUGUUGAAAUAGUGCAAAGCCCAUAGCAGAGUCUCCAACAGAUAUGAACAGCAAACACUGGGCAAGUGGGAGAUGGUUAAUUUGGUCUUCAUAAGGGGCUAUGAAGAAACUCCAGAUAAAAAUCAAAGUCAAAACACUGUCUUCAGAAAAACGAUGGCAUUGAUAAGGUGAUUUGUACAUAUUAAUGCAUUUCUAUGCAGAGAUACAAUUUCACAUUUGUUCCUGUUGCUAGUCACUGUAUCACAAUAGUCAGUUCAGGAAUGUAAGUUGCAAAAUGUGCAAAUAAGUGUUCAUCACACAGGUUAAGGUGACAGACUGAAAACUAUGCUUGUUUUCACCAAGGUGGAUUUCAUUUGUCAGGAAUUCUGACUUCCUGAAAGUCACCAUUGCUCUACAGGUUUUUAAUACCUUACAUAAUUAUGGAGGGCAGUAGCUGUUUCCAUGGGCUGAUAUAGCCAGUACCAGAAUCCAUGUAACAAAACUAUACCUACACCCAUGGACGUCCCUAGGGGGGUUUCGGGCCCGGGACAUAGGCGCCGAGUUUCUAAUCUGUCAAGAGGUGCUCCCCUGGCUCCGCCCCCACUCCACCCCUUCCCCCAAGGUACCGCCUAUUCCUGCCCCGCCUCUUCCCCACCCAGUUUCGCUCCUCUCCCCUCCCCCCAGCACUUCCUGACGCCGUGAAAUAACUGAUCCACGGUAGGCGCUGAGAAGCAGGUGCAGGUGCUGGGGGGAAGGGGAGGUUCUGGUAGGGGGACUGCCAGUGGCCGCUGCUCACCUCAUUACCCCCCCCGCACGCUGCUCUCCUCGUUGCUGUCUGCCCGUGCGCCUGCCUCCUCAUUCCCUUCCUGCCUGCCGCUCACCUCCCCAUUUGCCCUCUGACCCUGCUUGCCCUCCUGCCUCACCUCCCUACCCGCCUCCUCACAAUUUUAUGGAAGCGUGGAGCAGGGGUGGUCGCCCCGAUUAGCCAUACCCAAGGGAUAGCUCUGCCUACACCAUUCUAUAACUUAUGGCAUUUUUCAUAUGCAUGGAUAACACAUGUAAAUCCAGUCUAGUUAAAUGAAGUUCCUGAUCCUGCUCACACUGGGUGAAAUCCUAGCCCUAAUUAAGUCAGUGGAAAAACUCCAAUUGACUUAGACAGGGUCAGAAUUUUACCCAUUGAAUUCAAUAGCAAUACCUCUAUUGAUCAGUGGUGCAGCUUCAGGGCCUAAGCUAGCAAAAGGAAUACUAGCAAUAAUUUGUUUAAUUCACAGUGUUUGAAAGCAAAAGAGAAUGGGUAAGAAAUGGAAUGACUAAGUCCAUGUCUAUACUAGCACUUAUGUCAGCAAAACUUUUGUCACUUAGGGAUGUGAAAAAAAGACCUCCCUGAGUGACAUAAAUUUUGCCGGCACAAGCACUCAUGUGCACGGCGCUAUGUUGGCAGGAGAUGCUCACUGACCUGGUUUUAUUCUAUUGACAGGAGAGCUCUCUCCUGUUGGCAUAACACAGAUAAAUAAGUGCUCUUACAGCGGCAUAGCUGUAUUGAUAUAGCUGUGUCGCUGUAAACUUGUAAGUUUAGACAUGGCCCAACUCAAAAAUCCUACAACUAGUAUUUUGAUAACCCAAAGCACUUUUUAACAGAACCCAGAUGUCAACAAUAAUCUUAAAUUCCUAUCAGAAUAAUGAAUUAAAACCUGUCAAAUACAAGAAGUUAUCACAUAAAAUCAUUUGAAUUGUAAUCCAAUAGGAUUUUUUGAAAUCCUUAUUAAUAUAAAAAGUUUGCUCUUCCUCACUAUUCAGGAAUUAAUUCAGGAAUUAAAAUGGGUCUGCUAUUCCCAAAGCAUUUAUUGAUCAUUCUCAGUACUUGCCAGAAUCUAUUUAAUUCCCAGUAGUCAUAGGAAAUGCUAUCCUUGCCAGAAGAAAAUGCAUCUAAAGGUAGACAGUGCCAUAUAACAGCAAUGAUUGUAUUAAUUUGUGAUGGGGCAUGUUUGCAAAUUAUGACCUUUGCAGUUUUAAGGUCACAACACUUUUGCAGUUCUAACUUUCCAGGCUGCAAAAUGCAAUGGGGAUAUUUGUCACUUGCAAAGGCCCAAUCUUUUGCAAAUCAUGAACAUGUAGGCCUGUUCACCUCCAUAAUGGUCCUGCCUAAGAAAAUCUUGAUUUCUUUGCAUUUACUGCUAUGGUUCUUACAGUGUCUCAGCAGUUCCAUGAUGACAAAGUGCUUUUUAGAAAAACCUAUCUGCAUUUUUCAGACUAAUUUUUAGUUGCUGUAAAUAAUCUCCAAAUAGCAAAUUUAUGAUUAGGUAUCCAAUUAUCCCAGAACAUGAGACUAUCUUAGACAUACACUACACCCCAAACACGCCAUACCAUGGGUCACCUUUUAGACAAGGAGUGUGUCUUGAUUUAGACAUUAUGUAUAUAAUCUAUGUAUAUGCACAUACUAUAAUAGUCCUGUAUACGUAUAUUGCUAUAAAAAGCAAAUGUUAAAGAAAUGAGUGCUAGUAAGAGUUAUAUUGGACUAUGUCUACAGUAAAAGUACAUGCGCUCAAACAAAAGACUCUGGUUUAGCAUAGCGAUUACCAGUGAAGGAUAUAAUUAAGCCAAUUCACAAUGAAGGAGGAAUCUUUUCCUAGAACCAGUGCCCAUAAUAGAGAAUAGCAGAACAUUUUAUUGCCUGCACAAUACCAGCACUACCUCCAAACUACACUCCUUGAUCAUUUGCAUCUAUUGUAUGUAUUCAGUAAUGCCUUCAUUUUCCUUCCAUUUACAGUCUCCCACUACAUGUUGGCUGCAGCUCAGAAAACCCGCUUUCUUGCUCUUCUCAGUGUCAAAUGCCUGUCUAAAGUAGUAUUUUUUAUUAUAGCUACCUCUUCCUCUACAAUAUUUCUUCAAAGCAUAGGUUAAAUUUUUCACUGCAUUUUAUUUUUCAAUUAAAUCCUAUGUUUCUCCUGCUGUGAACCCAUCUUCACACUAAAGAAAAAUAAUCUAAAGCAAAACUUAGUCCGGUGAGAUGGUUACAGAGAUGCUAUCCUCACAACUCAUCUUAUGCCGGCAGUUUCCUCUCAGGCUCUUCGGGUCUCUACCUCUCUCUAAUGUUGUGAAUUAUUCACUGUACGAUUCCAACAGGAUUCACCAAACUUAAUGCUUAUUAAUCAGACUAAAUUAAAGACCGCUGCAGAAUCCUCUUCCACAAUGGUCUUGUUACUAAUCACAGGUGUAAAAUGUGGUUAAUGUUCUUCAAAGGGAUAAUGGUAUUUCACUGGGAGCUGUAAGGAACUUAAUUUAUAUGUAUUAUAAAAAGAAUCUCUUACAAACCAUAAGUAUUGAAAUAGAUAGGAACUGGGUAUUUAAUGUUUUGAUGUGUAGUAAUUAAACUUAUCCACUAAGCUGCAUUUGGAAAAGGAUUCUGCAGAAAAUAUCUUUAAUGUACAUGAUCUUUUCUGUUAGCAAUUUUUAAAAUAUCUGGUUUAAUUCAGUUGUAUUAUCAUGCUCAAAUAGGCCUUUUUCCCUCAAAAAUCUGCAAUGUCUUUACAUUAAAAAAAAAUACAAAAAUGUUAAAUGUAAAAGCACGGCUUUUGGAAAACUUUGCUUUUCAGAUUUGUUUUUAAUAUUGAUGACUAAGAUGAGCACUUUCCCACUGUGUGCCUUUAGCUGUUACUAAGAUAACUGUGACUUCUCAAUGUUUCUCUGAAAAAAGUGUUAAACUGUGGGAAAAUUUUAAUGUCAUAUCAAAGUCCAUAGAUUCAGAAGUUCUCUUAUAAAGCAUUACAUUACACUGAGAAGGUUUGCAAAAAUGUUUUUCAUCUCAUCGCAUUUUUUCCCAUGCAUUGUAUUUCUAUGGGUAUGAUUGGGACUAGCCCCCAAUCUCCAAGGAAAUAUAUACUAUAUGUAAUAUAAAAAUAAUUAACACUGACUAUAACCAUAAACUUGACUUCAUGCAUGCAUUCUGUGCUCUGUAGUCCAUGUUCAAGACACUUCCACAACAUCCAGGACAUAACUUCCAAAAGUUUUAUUUUAGUUUGAAACUGGCUUCAGUUUCUUUUCAAUUGUAUUUUUGUAGCCGCUCCUGUUGAUCUUUCACAGCUACUGUAAAUUUACACUAAGAGCUUGGUGAAAGGAACAUCCGCCAUCAAAGCUCAAAACUGAAUUGUGCAACCCUUGCCUGUGCAAAAAAAUCCUCAUUCAAUUACAUCAUUGAAUCCACUGGAACUAAUCAUAAGUGAGAAUUUUUCAAGUGAGCAAGGAUAGCAAGAUUGUAUACCUAGAUCCUGCAACCAUACACAUAAAUAACUUUGAGCGUAGUCCCAUUGUAGUCAAUAGACCUGAUUCUCCACUCUAUUAGCUGUAAGACCAAUAAUAAUAGUGGAGACUCAAACCCAAUCUGACUGACCACGAGUAAAAUUACUCACAUGUGUAAGUGUUCACAAGAUUUCACCCUCAAUUUGUACAGCCCAAGUGAAUUGCAAAAGGUUUAAGUGACAUUAAUGAUAAAACACUUGUAAUAAUAGGUCAUAUUUCUUUCCCACUCAGCCUAUUAUCUGACUAUGUACAUUUAUUCUCGUCAGAUUAAAAUUGUUGCGGACAGUGUUGCAGAAUUAACAUUUCCUAACUGCACUUAAAUGUGCCAAUAUAAUUAAAGUAUAUUGCAUGAACCACCAUAAACCUUCUCUUCCAACUUUAUUGAAUUACAUAUAGUACAACCAUAACUGAAAAUUAUUUUCUUUCUGAAAUUAUAGAAGAGUAAAUGUUAAAGUGAAACAAUUUGGAAAAUAUUUUUCCCUUCAAAAGUAUAGAAUUUAUUUUUUUAAAACUGCAAAUGUCAGAAAAUAGAUCUUGAAACAAAACUGAAAUUUAAACAAUCAAACUCUGUCCAAAAAUGUGCUACAGUCCAAGUCCUAUUUUUUGUGUGUGAAGUUUCAUUACCUUAACAAGCAGAAGGUGCAGCUGUUCUGAAGGAGUUUGAAUGCUAUUCAGGGGGUAAACCCUGAAUGUAGAUGAAAUACUACUGCUGAUAAAAUAUUUUUCCAUUUUGAACAAAUCUGUAAACUACACCUUUGUUUAUAGGAAAAUGCUUGUAAUAGUUACUGUAAUAUUCAGCUGUGGAUAAAAAUUUGUGAAAUAAAUACUUUUGAAUAAAUUAAAUUGUGACU